AUGCAGGACAAGAAACAUUUACAUAUUUUCAUUGCCAUAGCAAUUGUUCUCUUAAUUGCGAUGGCAGGUAAUAUAAACGCUAUUGACGUUCAUGAUGCUGUUUGUUUUCGGUCAACGUGUACAAGCGUAUGUGAUGAGAUUUGCUUAAGCAAAGGGUUUGAAAAUGGAUGGUAUUGUGGAACAUUUAGACUCCACACUGGAUGUUGUUGUCUAAAAAAUAAGGAACUCUACAAAAAAAUGUCUUCAUCAGAAAACUAA